ACUCUGUCGCUGAGUCGAUUGAACUCGUCCUCAAACGAAACUGCAUCGUUUCAGGCGCCGAGCUGGUUGUGUACUUGUGUUUGCCACGCCGGCAGAAUCGCUGGCUCAUUUAUGUAUUUCUCGCGAACUCACGGCUGUUUCGGCACGUAUGAAGACAGAGGCUUCACUAGUUCUGGCACGUGUGUAGCGAAUGCUGCGGGCUCAGUGCUGGCUGAUGUCCACACCUUAACUCUCUCUCGCUGUAGCAAAGGCGACUGGGGGCUAACUGGCAUGCUUGUCGCCGAGAUCCGUUGUGGGUAGGGAGAAGAAAAUGAGGGAAGGUCUCUCUCUAGGACUCAGGCUUCUCCAAUCACUGGUCCUGUUAAACUGCUUAUAUUGUGGACAGUGCAAACCAUGGGAUGUAUUUCAUAAUUAUAGUCUUCUUGUAAGAUACACGUCUCGAUCAUCUCAGAUAGAUACUGUUAAUAAGGUGCAAAAGCAUGGCGCCAUUUCUCCUGUGCCCUCACCAAGCAGUACUUCUGGUGCAUUUAUGCCCCUUCUGGCACCAUCACCUUUGGCACCAUAUGGAAAUAGCAGUGUGCCAUUAUUAUCUGGAAUGUGUACAUUGAAUUUUUCUGCGGCAGAAAAUAUGGUAGCAGUGACUGCAGUUGAUUGCUGGGGAUCAUUUGCCCCUUUUCUUGCCAAUGUUAUCUGUUGUCCUCAGUUGCAGGCCACUCUAACAGUUCUUAUUGGUCAAUCUAGCAAAACCUCUGGUGUGCUUGCUCUGGAAACAAAACACGCAAACUACUGCCUAUCAGAUGUGCAGAAGAUCUUGACAAGCCAGGGUGCAAAUGAAAACCUCCAAAAAAUAUGUGCCAUACGUCCAUCCAAUCUUACUGGAGGUUCUUGUCCAAUUACAGAUGUAAAUGAGUUUGAGAGCACGGUAGAUCUGUCUAAACUUUUGGCUGCAUGUGAGAAGGUUGAUGCAGUAAAGGAGUGCUGCAGCCAGGUGUGUCAGAGUGCUGUAUCUGAGGCUGCAAGGAGAAUUGCCUUGUCAGAUUCUUCUCUUUCUAAUCCAAUGGGGAUACCAAAUUCUCCUCCACAUUCAACUACAAUUGAUGAUUGCAUGAGAGUUGUGUAUAGAUGGUUAGCUAGUCGUUUGGAUCCAGAUGGUGCAAAACAAGUUCUAAGGCGUAUAUCCAAUUGCAAUGUCAAUAAAGCUUGUCCACUGGUUUUCCCCACAACCAAGAACAUUUCCAUUGACUGUGGAGGUGUGAUUGGAAACCAAACUGCUUGUUGCAAGACAUUGGCAAACUACAUUUCUCAUUUACAAAGGCAAAGUUUUAUUACAAACUUGCAAGCUGUUGAUUGUGCUGCCCUGCUUGGCAUGCAGUUGCAAAAAGCUAAUAUCACUGGCAACAUCUACGAGUUGUGCCAUAUAACCCUUAAAGAUUUUACUCCUCAAGUUGGAUCACAAGAAUCUGGUUGCUUGUUGCCAAGCUUGCCUUCAGAUGCAACGUUCGAUCAAUCAGCAGGUUUUAGUUUCACAUGUGAUCUGAAUGACAACAUUGCUGCUCCCUGGCCAUCUUCAUCUUUAGUGUCAACACCCUCAUGCAAUAAAUCAAUUACAUUACCGGCGCUUCCAACAGCAGCACCUUCUCAGGGUGGCCAAGGCAAGAAGCCCUUGCUCUCGUUGCUCCUAGUGUUGUUCGCGGUUUUGCUGGCUUUGUGAUUGUCUUGGUUUUUUGGUGCUCUCUCUCUCUCUCUCAUGGGCGCAUGCAUGUAUCUGCAUGCUUUUUGAAGCACACGUCUGCAGAAAUACACCAUCCUCUUCAAGCAGAUAAACGUUCUCCACUCCAUGCAAAGAAAUUUGUAGUUAAACUAGAUGAAGAUCUCGGUCACGAAUGUGCUGCUUUCAGGUGAUAUGACCCAUCAUUUGUUUAUAGGUUUUGGGAUUCCAAUUGCAUUUCUCCUGUCAGAUGUUCAAUAAAAGAGCCUUCUCCUCCAAUGGAAUUGUAUAGUGCAACCGACAGCGUAUAGUUUCUCCGUUUCCUCUCAUUUCAUUUUUCCUUUUCUAGAAUAUCUGUUUUCAUUUGUACGCAUAUGGUGGCUCCAGAUUUAGAGUUGAUCUUGACGUUCAUUUGUAGUCACUUCAUGAAUUGCCCUUAAUUUCGUAAUACAAUUUAUUCACCGCUUGGUGGUAGCCCCAGAAAA